AUGAGAGAACAUGAUCAAUUUGAUCCGUCGAUAAUUCGUCUUGGUAUUCUACUCCUCCUCUUCGAUGUCUAUCUCACAUGGGCACGAAUCGAAAAACAAACCACUGCUCCGGUCUCCGCGCCCAUUGAAACGGAUAAUACGAAUUUCCUUCGUCUAGCCAAGCAACCUAUCGUCUUUCAAUAUAUAUUCUUUCUCCUCCUCUGCGCCCUCUCAACACUAAGUUUCCACCUCUCCAUCCGGUUCCUUACUUCCUCGCCUUUUUCACCCCUAGUGUUCCUCGGACUUCUCCCAAAAUACACACGUCCGAAUUCGGUUUCAACGGCUCUACUCGUCUCUUCUUCUACGAAAUUAUUUCCUAUUCUUAUGGUUAUAUGGGAAUAUGAUGUACCAGCUGCGGCGAGAAGUUUGGGAUGGGCUGUUGUUGCGAAUAAUGUGGAGGCACUAAAGAUAUUACUGGAUUGUGGGUAUGGAACUGCGGCGAUACUUGCGACAGUGGGUGCUAUUAGUAGGUGGAUGGUUGGAAGGGGAAUACUCUGGGCGGUAGGUUUGGAUGGGGUUGAUACUGUAGGGGAUUCAGGGGUAGCGGCGGAUGGGAAAGCGCUGUGGGCGAUAGUGGAAUUAGGUAGGGAAUGGGGUGGUAGGUUGGGAUUAGGGUAA